GAAAUGCGCAGCGCAUACUUCAUGAUCGAGCGACGUGACCACACGCAGUUAACCGCAGGGCAGUGGAAUGGCAUGAUUAAAUAUCAACAAUCAUAAUUCCCCGAACCGAGAUUCGAGUCACAGACGGAGUCAGAUCUGCGUUGAACACACAAUUUUCCAAUUAUCUUCAAUUCUCUAACUUUGCCCCUCUCUCUUGCAACGCGAAUACCCUCAUAAAUGGUGUCGAGUGAGGAGAACCUGCUUAACUGAACUCACAAGUUCCCUGGCCGACCGUCUGCGCCCUGAGGGAGUUGCUUUGCACCACGAAAGCGUGCGGUGUUGCGGUUCUCCUCCUCUCCCCUCCAACACUAAAAACCAAGAAGGAGAUUUCACUCAAAUCGUGCUGUGGUUUUAUGGAUAUCACCGUUGAGAUGAUCCCAAGCUGAGGCCAGAAAGCUGACCAGCAUCCUUGUCUGUCUGUGCAUCCUCAAGAGCUCACCUCCACAUCUGAUUGGACAAUUGGAGCUCCUGAGGAAAACAAAAUGUCUGCCGCUAUGAGCACCCCCCUCCUGGCCCUCCUCCUCCUCCUGCUGCCCUUGGUGUCUAGUCUCCACCACUCUGACUGUGUCAUCAAGAGAGAACACGAGAAAUGUAUGGAGAGGAUGGCAGAGGAUGACCCAGAAAACGAGCUAGAGUUUAGGUGCCCAUGGUUGUGGGAUAACCUGACGUGUUGGCAGCCUGCCCGGGUGGGAGAGGUGGUUGUGGUCAGCUGUCCAGAGCUCUUCAUCCAGUUCAUGAGCGAGGAGGACGAUGAGCUAGGGAAGGUGAGUCGUAACUGUACGGAGGGCGGCUGGUCUGAGACCUUCCCUCAUUAUGUGGAUGCCUGCAUGUUCGACGAACCCAACGGAACCCACGAGCAUCCGGACAUGUACUACGUGUCGGUGAAGGCUCUGUACACGGUGGGGUACAGCACCUCUCUGGUUUCUCUCUGUACAGCCAUGGUCAUCCUUUGCAGGUUCAGGAAGCUGCAUUGCACCAGGAACUUCAUCCACAUGAACCUGUUUGUGUCAUUCAUUCUGAGAGCCAUCUCUGUCUUCAUCAAGGACGGGGUUCUGUACGCAGAGGAGGACAGCAACCACUGCUUCUUACACACUGUGGAGUGUAAGGUGGUGAUGGUGUUCUUCCACUACUGUGUCCUAUCUAACUACUUCUGGCUGUUCAUUGAGGGCCUGUACCUCUUCACUCUGCUAGUAGAGACAUUCUUCCCUGAGAGAAGAUACUUCUACUGGUAUACCAUCAUUGGCUGGGGGACCCCCACUAUAUGUGUGGUGAUAUGGGCAGUACUCAGGCUGCACUUUGAUGACAUAGGGUGUUGGGAUAUGAAUGAUAAUGCUGGUAUCUGGUGGGUGAUUAAGGGACCUGUGCUGGCCUCUAUCAUGAUCAACUUUGUCCUCUUCAUCGGCAUCAUAAUCAUCCUGGUCCAGAAACUGCAGUCUCCAGACAUCGGUGGGAACGAAUCCAGUAUUUACCUGUAAGUCACAAGAAGUGUGCUUGUGUGUGAA